AUGAUCGCGUCAUAUAAAAUAUCGCAUUUGCUAGCUAAGAAUAAAGAACCAUUUACAGAUGGAGAAUUAGUGAAAGAAGCCAUGGUAGAAGCUGCUGAUUCACUUUUUGAAGAAUUUAGAAAUAAAAAGGAAAUAGUUUCAGCUAUAAACACGUUGCAAUUAUCAGCACGAACUGUUACUAGAAGAAUUGAAGUAAUUGCGGAGAAUUUGGAGGCAGAAUUAGCAAAUUAUAUGGAAAAUUGUAUUUUCUUUUCGCUACAGAUGGAUGAAUCGACAGACGUGACAAAUAUAUCACAAUUAGCAAUUUGCGUGAAGAUGGUAUUUUCUGAUUUUACAAAAGAAGAAUUCCUUAAAGUUCUGCCAUAA